AUGGUACUGAUCAGAAGCAACGAUUGGAACCUUCUUAUCCGUGGUGACGAUGUUCUGAAGAAUAAGGUUUGUCCAUUGGAGUUUAUGGUUAAAGUGAGUUGGGUUUUUGAUAAAUGUUAGAGCUAUUUUAAAGUUAAUAUUUUGUAAAAAAAACAAAGAAAACGUAAAAUGUUGGAGUUGCAGCGGGUGUCAUAAAAUUAUUAUGAAUAUUAGUAUUAUUAGCUAGUUACAGUAUAUAAAAUAUUUAUUUAUCCAAAAAUAUAAAAUACGACCGAUCCGCGGUCUAGUUGGUUAGAGACUUCUCAUCUUUUGGCCAAAUCGGCCUAACUAUAAACAGUUUUUGCAAGAUAAAAAAGACCUUCUUUGUUCUGGACCGGUUCUAUAUUUUUGUAAACAUGUUUUUGUAUUUCUUAACUCGCAACUUCGCGACAGCGGGUAUUAUCCAUUAUUCUUUGAUCUCAUGGAUAAUAUAGGAAUAUUAAAUUUUAAAGGGCGCAGGAUCAGGCUUUUGUGUAUUUUGUAUUUCUUUUGUCGUAUUUUAUGUUUUUUGUUUAUUUUUUGGGUUUUAAGGGUAAAUGUAAAUUACAUAUUUCGUGAUUUCCGCUUUAUGUUGAGGUAAGUCUUUUUACCGUGCUUGCUUUAGUUUUUUCGAUAUUUUUCUUGUUUAGGAUCGGGUUUUAGAGGAGAAUUCAGACAAGUCAUAAAUUUAAAAAUUAUGCAAGUUUGCCAUUUUAAAAAAAAAUAACGAAAGACGUUGCCAAAAAUUUGGAAAGAAAAUUCAUUUUCAAGCGCAAAAACUUUCAUAAUUCGAAGUUUCGUUCAUCCGCCGACCGGUCGAUCCGAACAAUGCGGCUCUUCUUCAGUGUCCUACUGAUUACAUUGUGGUACGAUUAUGCGAGGGCACAAGACCCGCCGAUGGUGAGCGCAGAGGAAGUGCGCGAUCAGCUAUGUUCGUGGUGCUCGUCGAUUGACAGUAAUGAUUUUCAUGAAAUGUACAUAGUGACCGCGGACAACGGGGAUCGAAACGGCUACUAUUUGAGGCUAGGUAUGUGGUUUUUAAAAAUUUUUGAGUUGAAACGUUUAAAAAUUUGGAGUUUGCAUUUUUUUCACAAACCAGAAUCGCUCUACCGUCGUUACCCACCACAGGCUAUUUCUAUUUGAAACUGCAAGUUUUACGUCAAAUUUUUUAAAUUUAGUGCUUGACGACAAAGGAUGGCCAGAAUUAUCCACCGCAAUGCUUCGUGGCUAUGAUGAGCCAAUGCUUUUGUAUCCGAUUGCAACCACGAACUCUGAGGGAGGGGUUUGGACACAAUCUGUGUUCUGGAGAAAUUUCAGCCAGUUGACAGUUAAUAAGUUCACCGGCGAGAAGGAUCCAGCAAUGUGUUUAGGCAAAUAUGACUUGCCAGCGGUGACCGGUAAAGAGUUUCUCGUUUAUGACUACUACGUGUAUAGCGAGACACAAGCGCUGAAGCUUUCUGACAUUUGCGAUGGAAAAGAGAUUAAGCCAGUUAAUGUUGAGGAUAUCGUAAGUGGUGCAUCAGACGCCCAGAAGAAGGACUUUAUGUUCCACAUCAAAAACGUUUGUUUUGUAAGUUUAAAAAUUAUUGUACGUUACUUUACUAGUGUUUACUAUGCUUUACUGUGCCUUACUGGGUCUUGCGGUAGCCAAGAGAGAUCUUGCUGACUUCAUUAUACUUUACCGUAUACUGCUAUGUUCUCCAGGAUCUACUUUUAGACUACUUUGUCAUACUGUAAAUCACUAUAGGUAGAAGGUGGAGGGGCGGGGUAAACGGGCUUUUCGUGGCCCGGCCUGGGGUCUAACCUUUAGGAUCAGCUCGUUUUCGUUUUUUUAGGCUGACCCGGAACAAAGGGACCAAUCGUAGGGCUGGGCUGGGACGGGCCUACACGGCUUACUUCUUACAUUUAUUGUAUUUUAGAAAAGAGGUUUUGCAUGUGCCAGUGACAUUGAUAAUCCUUACCAACUCCACCCUCUGUUCGGUCGCAAGAAUCCCAUAUACUACCGCGUUGGGGUGUUUGUGUACGCCAGAUGUUUGGAGCGUCGCUGUGGUUACUACGUCUACGACGAGAAGUAUCAGUAAGUUUAGUUUUUUGUAAAGGAGAAUGUACUUCAAUUUACCAUACGCUACUUUACUCCUACUACUAUCACUACUUCUACUUUUUAGCUGAUUUAAGCUUCGUGUCGUUUUUAUACUUGUAAUUACGUGUAACUUGACGACAAGUCUUUUUGACCCGCUUAAAAUAGGGUUUUUUUAAAAUUUUUUUAUUUUUGUAAAUAACGUCAUUUCAAGUUAAAACCUUUUUUCAGUGUCGACCAAUAUGUACCGGACACCAUCAAUUUCUGCGUGUCUCACAAUCCACAAGAACGGUGGAUUCGUGCCUUGGUUCCUAGGGUGCACCACUUGGAUCGCUACUUCUGGUGA